GGCGCUACGAUACCACCUGCAGAGGCAGAGUCGGAUUCAGUGUAGACGUAGAAGUAAAGCUCGAUGUGGACGACACUUCAUCGCCAAAGCUGGAAGUAUCAAUUACUAUAUCGGCGACGCCAAUUCCAAGGGAAUUAUUGGCUAAUGAGAGCGAUGCGGAAGAAGAUCCAUUAUCAGCAGUUGGAGAGUUAAUACGGAACGUAGAGCAAGAGGAAGAAGCUCAACAACCGGAGCCCGAAAAGGAAGAAGAGCAGCCGCAGCAAGUGGAACAGCAAGUAGAGCAACAAGCGCAAGUCGCAAUAGAACAGGCAGAUGAGGAAAUGUCAGAGUCGCAACCGGACGGAAAUCAAGACUUGGAUCAACAACACACGUCUGAACAGAACAUAGAGCAACAGCAGGUGUUAGACGUGGACGUGGACAUGGGCGUGAAACAGAAACCGCAUGUGGAGGAACAGAAGGAAAAUGAAUUGGAGCCAUAUGAAGAUGAAGAACUGGCGUCGGAGCAAAGGCGUAAGGGUUCCCGCAGCAGCAACAAGUCACUAUUCCGCAACUUUAACAAGAUUUGCAAUAAGUUGAAGAGUCGCGGAAGUCGCUCCACGGGCAACACCAAUAGCAUCGGAAGUGCUAGCGGCAGUAACAUCAAGGGCAAACCCUCAAAUUCACCCGACCACAGCUCCCUCGAAAGCGAAGUUCCCGAACUAAAUUCCCAACCUGAAGUGAUAGUCGACCUGCCAUCAGCGCCUACGGUAUGGCCAUCUGAAACCGAAGUAAUCCCCAUACAGUAUAUGAUUUGUGUGCAGAAUGCUGCAUUCCGUUUGCGAAGCUCACCGACCCUGAAGCUUGCAUAUUAUUGCCGAGUUCCAGACUGCUUAUUUCUCUUCUCGAAUGAGAUAGAAGGUCUGGAAAAUCAUUUUACACGCAGUCAUCCGUCGCUGCGUUGGAACGGCAGCUGUACUGAGUGCAGUCUACCCGUCAAGGAAGUGCCCGAUAAUUUGAGCAUUCGCGAGGAGCUGCGGCAUAUGGUGCUAGUGCAUGUGGAUGAAAUUGGGGCGCUUAAGCCACCAGAGCCGGCUGUUGAAGUUGCGCCACCAGAACCUGUGCUGCCCAAGCUGCGUGUGAGUCGUUUCACGGAAGAUCGUCUAGUCCCAAAGGCCGAACAAGCAAUCGAAAUCGAAUCGGAAGCUGUGCCCCGAGAACCCGUUGUUGAGAAUACAACGCUUAGGAGUUUGUUACUCGCCCAAUCGCGUCUGCCAAGUCACCAGCAACAGCAGCUGAACGCCGCCGGUGUCGGAGAGUUUCCAUGCGCCAAGACACCGCCAACGACUGUGGAUGUGCCCGAUGUUAUAAAUCGCGACUCGGAAUUGGGACUCCAAAUCAAUGAUGUAUAUAGUCUCGCCGAUACAUCCAUUCCUCUCAUAACGGGCGUGACGGUGCCAUUACCUGUCACCACUAAUGAUGACUACGUCAUUACCCAGAGCCUUACCCAAAACUAUGAGGGUCCCAUUCCGACGGAGAUCAACAUAUCUAUUGAACCCCGACUGACAGGUUCACCACCAAGGAAAGAUCGCACACAAAUCGCUGGCAACCGAUUCCGUUGUAUGGCGCCCAAUUGCAAUUACUGCUCCCACACAGUAAUGUGCAUACGGGAGCACAUGAAGUUCCACAGUUUCAGUUUCGGACCGAAGAACUAUCUGCAAUGCUCCUAUUGCAGUCAUGUCGGCAAGGAUGUCGAUGAAUAUGUUCAGCAUGGUGUUCUCCAGCACGGUUUGGCCAGUCGCGAGGAGCUGCAAGAACCCAAUGCCGACGAGGUUGAGUUGCCUAUUGCGCCGGCAAAGUUGCCGGUAGCUGGAAGACAAAUGGUGGUCAAGCCACUCUUUCACUUUGUGCGCAAGGAGGUACGCUACAAGUGCGGUGUACCCGACUGUGGCCAGCAUUUCGACACAGAGCUGGGGUUGAGCCAGCAUCUGAGCACUCAGCACAGCUACGGAGAUUGGUUUAAGUGUCCGCAUUGUAACUAUGAGGAUCAUUUACUAAUACUGGAGAAGGUGCUGGAACAUUUGAAGUAUCAUAAGCGAUACGUUUAUCAAUGCGGUGCGUGCCGCUCGUUUGCGCCUGAACGCUCCAUAAUCGAUCACCAUAUUCACAUCAAGCAUGCAAAGUUGGGCGAUGAUGUGGAUGUAAUUAUCCAUAAGCGUGAUGAUUUGAUAAUGCACACCAAGUUAUCGGAAGUUCGAUGGUUCAAGUCGUUGUAUCAACCGCGCACUUCGACCGAUGAAUGGUUCUGUAAUCUAUGCCACGCUGUGCUCGCCAACAAGCAUCAGAUGAUUGGACACACGGCGGUAGCACACCAGCGUAUGUAUCAGUACUGCUGUCCGUAUUGCGAAUACGGCUGCAAGGAUCUCAUGAGAAUCGUCAAUCAUAUACGUCGUAACCAUGCCAGCAAACGCAUCCAGCCGCUGCGAUGUUAUCUGCGCAUUAAGUGCAAAAAUCGCCAGGCAGGUUUUAUUUGCAGCACAUGCCAUGCGGCGACCUACACCUUAUACAAGAUGGGCAAUCACUGUCUGCAGAUGCAUUUGAAUCGCUUUCGGUACAAGUGUCGCCACUGUGACUUUGGACAUACUAAACAUCGCCCCGUCGCCGUUCAUAUGACGCAGGAACAUUCCGGAUUGCCAGGUCUACCCAUUCAGAAGUUCGAUCGCUUGUCCAACGACAUGCUUGACGAUGACUUUUGGAACAUGGCCCAAAAAUUUUCGUCAAAGGGUCACGUUGAGCCACCUGAGGCAAUCGCUUCCAAUAACCAUGCACAGGCCAUUCAGAUCUUUGAACCCAUUGAGUUGACGUCGGAUGAAGAGGAUGACCUAACAGAUAACGCUGCAUCUGCUCAGAAGCAGUACGAGUUCGCGUGCUCGCAUUGCACAGAAACGUGUCACAACAUUGACGAACUAAGAUCGCAACACUGGGCGAUCAAACAUCCCGACCAUCCCUUCUACUUCUGUGUGCAACCGCAGCUGUGCUGUCCGGUGUGCUACGGCUUCAAGGGGAGUGCCAAAGCACUGCUAGAGGAGCACUUUCCGAAUGUGCAUCAUCGCCGCACGUUGGUGGCCUGCGAUGUGCGUCAAAUGCGCGAAUGCGGCUACUGCGACAAGACGUAUAAAGAGUGGCCAGAGUUGGUGCAACACAUGACAAUCGAGGCGCAUCUGGCCAACGAUCUAAAGAAUCUAACAGAUGGCGAACUAAACGAACUGAUCGAAAUGGGAAGCACCAAAAACGAGUAUUAUCAAUGUAAUCUGUGUCGGGUGUUGAUGCCAUCGAGUGUGGCAAUUGCGCAACACGGAACCGUGGAGCAUUCGGAUGCAGAGGAGACAUUUAGCUUUCGACUGGUGAAGAACACGAUCAUCUAUCACUGUUCGUUCUGCAUGUACGCCUCAGUGGAUGAGUUGGAAACGUUGCGUCACAUGCUCGAUCAUUGCAAACGCUUUGGCACCUGCCACUUGUGCGCCGAGCACUUGAACAGCGGCUUCGAUGAGUACAUACAGCACUGCUAUUCGAGUCAUCGCGAUCAAGUGGAUAACUUUGAUGUCAUUUAUCCGUAUGAUGAUCUGAAGAAGUUCCUCAUGCAGGUGCUGUAUCAAUUCCAAAACGGACUCAUCAUCAGCAAGAGCAGCCUACGCGACACUCGCUUCAGUCACGAACAUGUCAUCCAUCAGCUGUACAACGAGCUGCGCAGCAAGGCGGCCAAGCCGCCAAUACCGCGAAUGCUUUUCAGUCAGCUGCAGUCACGCAAUCAACGUCGCAAGACAUUUAAUCACAACCAUCUGCAGCAGCUCACACAACAACAACACCAACAGCUAGCGGCGCGUCAACAAACCCAACGUAAUCUGGCAAACAUCUUUUACGGGAAAAUUAGCAACUCCUUCCCAGCAGCAGCGGCAGCUAAUCCAUCCGACUUCGUCGACGGGCGUCGCUCCCCAAGCCGCUGCCCAUUCUGCAACGCAUCGCUAAGCGACGCAACACUUAUGUGGACCCCGGACAAAUGUUUUUAGCCAAACGUCCUUGUUUAUAUUAGACUUGAACUUUAAACCGAAUCAAACCUGAAACCAUCGCCACAUUGAUCAACAUUGUCAUGGUUCAUAAAACCAAACUUUAUUUUUUUUUAAGAGUUCACACACACUCUUGUUAAUACCUAAUAGGUGUUUAAUAUCGUAUUUAUAAGUAAAGUGAUAUAUGCUCAAUUAAUAUGUUAUACAUUGCGCAACAAAUUGGAUAGAUUAUAGAUAUGUUCGGCAGUUUAAAACCCUGAUUGGAACAAUGGAAUAAGUUAUUAUUAUUACUUUACGAGCAUACUUUGUCGCUUUCAAUAUGUCUUGUCUAUAUAUAAUGUUAUGCAUAAUACAUCUAUGUUAUAUAUAGACGAGACACACUUAAAACUACAAAGUUUGGUCGUCAUAAUAGUAAUAACUUACUCCAACAUCAGGUUCUCAACUGUCUAACAAAUCUAUAAUCCACAUAAUUCGUUGCGUAAUUAGAUUAUGAAUCAAUC